AUGAAGGCCACCGGCCUGUUUGCGUCUUGCACGCUCUUCCUCCUCUUCCUCGUUUCCUCCUCAGCCGCCUGGCCAUGGCCAGCAAAGUUCGAUAUCGACAGAUUUCUCGUUGGACGUCAAGAACAAAGGCCGACUGAUUCUGCCAGCAACACUGCUGCGGCAACAGACGAAACUACUGCCACUUCAAGAGCAUCUGCGUCAGGGACCGGUUCCUCUGCAACCAUAACAGGUUCCGCAACCAGUGCCAGAUCUGGUUCUGGCACCACACGCACGACAAGCACUCAAACGACCCCCAUCGACCCUCGAAAACCUCCUGGGGGUAUCUCACUCAUUACUCCCGCCCCUAUUGACGGUCCUCAAUACUACAAAGUCGGAACUAUGAUACCCUUCCAGUGGAACUACACCUCGUUACUUGUAACUCCCAAGGCAAUCGACGUUCUGGCCUCUUGCGCGAUUAAUUCAGCAACCUAUACCAUUGCUUCAAAUAUGUCUGUAGAAGAGACGGGAGCCAUUCUUUGGGACACUGGUAAUUUUCCCGCCACUUCUUCGCAGCCAUUUCCUGUCGCAAGCUACACCUUGAUUGUGCACGAUUCAGACAGGGAUAUCAGCGACGUCCCAUCUGCAGGUCAUCUAGGUGCUUACGCACAAUACGUCUUUGGCAUGUAUACAGGGUAUGUUCCCCACUUAUGCCUUCUUUACCAUGUACUAAUACCUCUCCAGACAACCAUAUGUUCCCUUGAACGAGUUCAAGUGCGCCACCUGCAACGGGGCACUGUCUAUCCACGAGAAGCAAGCUCUUGGCGUUCUUCUGACUGCGGUCGCAAUCACUACAAUGUCUUUUGCAUGGUUUGCCAAUGGAUUUGGUGUUUUCUGAUCCGAAAUGUUUCAUCGACAUCUAACAAUGUAUAUUCUAAACUUUUGCAACGACCAAUCGGAUCACGACCUUGUACGAACCGGUAUAUCUUGAAGCAUAGCGAUCGUGACAGUCACUGGAGUUCGUGGUGCAACGCGUUUGAAGGGAUCUCGGGCUAG